AUAAACGAGUCGAAUCUUCUAAAAGAAAUUGGAGCUGAUAUCGGAGCAAUCAUUGUGGAUUCAUGUUCGACUGAUCUUCGUUCUGUUGCUGAUCUCUAUGAACUUUUAUCAGGAACCAAUAUUCAAAGAAGUGACUUGAUUGCAAUUAUUCGAGAUGAUUCUACUCAUAUGCCCAACACUGAACAGAUCAUGAGACAACUCAGUUUGCCAGUUAUCAAUACGUUUUUCACAACACAUUCUUUGACCCAAACAUCUGGAACACUUCCAUCAAUGUCCCUCCCAAUUCAGUCUGUUGUAUCUGCCCUUCGUCAUUAUCAGAGCACUUGUGUCAAUAUUAUUUUCGAUGAAAAAUAUGCAGAAACAGUCUCCGAGUUCCAAAAAGUCGCCUUGUCCGAGGGAAUGUGUGUUGAGGUGGCAAUCCAUGUCAAGAAUUCGAGUAGUACUGUAGCUGAGAUGGUUGUGAGAAGGCUGCUGCUCUCGGAAGCCCGGAUUGUUGUGGCAUUAUUAUCAGAAGACACGUGGAUUCAGAUGACGAAGGCGUUACGAUCAGAAAUGGUAAUCGCUGGCCGUUUCGUUUUCAUUUCAAUGCAAGAUCAACGAUGGACAACUUCGAGAAGAUUUAUUGAAAGUUGGCCAACAUUUGAGCAACAUUUGAUAUCGAUUGCUCCAAAAAAUCCUAUCAACCACGACGAAGAAAUCAAGAAACUGACUGAGAACAUACCAAACUUGUCUUUACCAAAUCUCUGGCUCAAACAAUUUUGGUCUUCUGCUUUCAAAUGCCACGUGGAUAACGAAGAUAUGGGUGGUUCAAAUAGUUUUUCUAGGUUCGUA